AUGACAUCUGAAGAAAAGACGGCUUACAAGAACAAGAGCCACACCAAGGGCCACGAAAAGAAGCACAGCAAGUUCCAUCAGAAAAGUCACAAAGAUCCACCAGGAUUCGUUGACGACAUUGAAAUGAACCAUGAAACGUCAGUUCCAAGGGAAAAUGAUCCUUUCGCUCCAAGAGGUGGCAAAGCUCUUCUCUGGCAGAACAUCAACAUGACCUUGAAAGGAAAGGACGGUGUCGAGGACAGGCACCUCCUUAAGGAUGUCUGGGGAGGAGUACCUCAGAAGCAAACAACUGCCAUCAUGGGCCCUUCUGGUGCUGGAAAGACAAGUUUGUUGAACAUCCUUGCCGGUCGAGCCAAGUCUCGUGGAGCCCUUUCCGUCGAGUCUGACAUCCGCUUGAACAACUACCAAGUCGAUCCCACCGACAUUUCGGUGCGAAAGAAUAUCGCCUUUGUCGCUCAGGAUGAUUCUCUCAUGGUGACUCAAACUCCACGUGAAGCCAUUUACUUCUCCGCCAAGCUUCGUUUGCCCAAAUCGACCAAAGAGGAAGAGAUCCUCAACCUUGUUGACAGCAUGCUAGAAGAGCUUGGGUUGUCACACUGCGCGGAUACCAUUGUUGGCGGACCUUUACUAAAGGGAAUCUCUGGUGGCGAGCGCAAGAGAACUUCUGUUGGUGUGGAAUUGGUUACCAAGCCGAGCAUGGUUUUCUUAGACGAGCCAACAUCUGGACUCGAUAGCUACAGUGCCGUCCAGCUUUGCAAUGUCCUCCGAAAGGUUGCCAACGCCGGCGCCAGCGUCUUGUUUACCAUCCAUCAACCAGCAUCGGAGAUCUUUAACGCGUUUGACAACAUCAUCUUGAUGAACAAGGGCCGCGUCAUGUACCAAGGAUCAGUUGACGUUGUGCCUGAGUUCUUCAAGGAACGUGGACAAAAGAUCCCCAAGAACUACAAUCCAGCCGAUUGGAUCAUGCACGUUGCUCAGGCUGUUGAUUUGGAUCAAUUGGAUGCUGACGGCUUUUUCCCCAAGGACACUCGUGUGUUGGGAGAACCACUAAGAUCAGGCAUCGACAAAAAGAAAAACUUUGGUCUUUCAAUGACACGCCGCACAAUCUCUAGUGGACACGGCGAUGAUAGCAGUAAAACCAUCAGUUUUGAUGCCGCAGUUGUAGAACAAGGUAUUCUUUCCAACAACGGCAGCUUUGAAAGGGUUUCGGUGAUGACACAAACGCGAAUGAUGUUCGUUCGUGAGUUCAAGAACUUGAAGCGAGACAAGGGCGCUCUUGUCGGGCGCCUUGGAUUCACAACGGCUAUCGCGACUCUCAUUGGCGUUGUCUUCUGGAAGGUCGGUGAACUUCCACGUGAUGUUCCAAUGAAUCUCAACAGUCAGUUUGGUGCACUGACAAUGGUACUCAUGGCAGGAAUGAUGGGAACGGCCCAACCGGCCCUUCUUACCUUUCCUCAAGAACGCCCGGUCUUCCUUCGAGAGUACUCGACCAACCAUUACUCGGUUGUCUCCUACUUUUUGUCUCGCCUGACCAUUGAAGUUUUGGUUACUGCUCUACAAUGUUUCCUCCUGGUUUUGGUUUCAUUCUUGAUGGUUGGAUUGCAGUCGAAUUUCAUGUUCUUCUUUAUCAACACCUACGCCCUUGCAAUGGUCAGCACGGCCCUCGCUGUCAUGCUUGGAUGUUCUGUCGAGGAUCCCAAGCUUGCUACACAAAUGAUGCCCCUUGUCUUUAUUCCCCAACUCUUGCUUGCUGGCUUCUUUAUCAGUCCUACUUUGAUUCCUGCAUGGCUCCGCUGGUUACGAUGGGCGUUCAGCCUAACCUACGUGAUGCGCCUUGGUGUCCUCGAAGAAUUCAGUGACUGCCAAGGAGAGAAAGCUUCCAUGGCUUGCGAUGGUCUGAUUAAUUCCAUCGAAGCAGAUUCCGAUGAGUCAUGGUGGUAUUGGUUGACCCUCGCGGUGCUCUUUGUUGUCUUUCGCUUGCUUGCCCUCUUCAUUCUACGACGCAAGGCAACCAAGUUUCUCUAA